GUGAUUGAUCACUACGAGAAUCCGAGGAAUGUGGGCUCAUUCGACAAAGGAGACACGCAAGUGGGCACGGGUUUAGUGGGUGCCCCAGCCUGCGGGGAUGUGAUGAAGUUGCAGAUCAAAGUUGACGAAAACGGAAAAAUUGUGGAUGCCAAAUUCAAGACUUUUGGCUGCGGCUCUGCCAUCGCGUCGAGCUCUUUGGCAACUGAAUGGAUCAAGGGGAAAUCCUUGGACGAAGCCGGAAAUAUCAAGAACCAGGAGAUUGCGAAAGAACUCAGCCUUCCUCCGGUCAAGCUUCAUUGCUCG